ACGACAUCCUUGUUGCUGAGUUGAAAUGUUUGUCCACUUAGCCUGCCACAAUGGGGGCUGUGCUGUUUGUGAACAUAUAGUGCAUUAAAAUAUUCGUUCUUGACAGCAUGUUGAUUGGUUUGCUAUGAAGCUAACACGGAAACAGGUUCUGGGGAAGGCUAAGGCCUCCGACUUGGAAAGCGUGAAGAAAUUGAACUGCUGGGGAUGCAACCUGACCGAUAUUUCUAUCUUCUCCCAAAUGGCAAACAUUGAGGUGCUGACACUAAGUGUGAACAGCAUCUCGUCUCUCUCCCCUCUGGCCGGCUGUCUGUCUCUAUGUGAGCUCUACCUAAGAAAGAACAAGGUUCCCUCACUCUCUGAGCUCUCAUAUCUGCGUCCGUUGACGCGUCUCAGGGUUCUCUGGCUGGCUGAGAACCCUUGUUGUGGAACCGACUCCAGCCGGUACCGCCUCACUGUACUGCGCUGCCUGCCUCGCCUCCAGAAGCUCGACAACCAAGUAGUGACAGAGGAUGAGCUUGCACUUGCUGUCAUGGAGGGCGAAGAGGUCACCACUCCCCUAGGCAGUGUCCAAAACCAGCUUUCCACCAACGGACUGCCAGAUGCAGAGACGGAGAAUGACCCUCUUAACUACAACAUGGAGGAGACCAACAAAAUCAGAGAAGAGUUGGGGAUGAAACUCCUCUCCAGAGAUAAGUUCCCUUCUCUUUCGUCUCCAUCAACCAGAGAAAACAAACCAUCAAUGAAAAAGACGCACUCUCUCGAUGCAGUUCUGCUGCUGCUGAAGGACUUGGAUGAAGACGAGCUUCACAUUGUACACACAGCUACCCUAAAUAUACUCCAGACUUACACGAUGGACUCAGAAAUGCUAACGGAUUCACUGCAGACACAGAAAACUGCUGACAUCCAAGACUGAAGCAUUUCAUAGCAUGCACUCAGGGUCAAACAACUCUCUCCAUUUAGACCAAACCUUUUUCUUGGGGAUCACAAACAGGAUACAAAACACCCCCUUUUUACCCGUUACCUUCCGAUUGCAAUAUGCAUGGCAUGUGAUGUAGUUUCACUGACCACUCACCCUUUGAUAACACAGUUUUCACAUGUGGAGCAGUAUUGAAUAACUUCUCUGGCUUUCUUUUUUUUUUUUUAUUCAUAGCAGCAUGCCUACCUGCCUUGUACACACAAAAUAAUGUACGUUUUGCUUA